ACCAAUUUCCUUUUCUCUUUCACCAGAAAGUGACACUGAGAGAAGAAGGAAAAACUAACCAACACCACAGCCCCUAAUUUCCUUUUUCUCACAAUGGCGGCUUCAGUCGACAACCGUCAAUACGGCACCCACAUAAACGCCGUCGUUCGCGCUUGCGGCCCAGACUUCAAUACCCCUCUCCCGUCGGAUUUCGAUUUGGACUCAUCCAGCGACGACGAAGACCAAAACGACGACGCUUCGUAUCUCAAGGAGUUGAUACAAAAAGCGAACGCGGAAACCGAGGCGUCGCUGUUGGACCCGCGAGACGAGGGAACCGCGGACCAGUGGAUCCCGCGGAACGCCUCCAUGGUGCGGCUCACAGGGAAGCACCCCUUCAACGCGGAGGCCCCACUCCCCCGCCUUAUGCACCACGGCUUCAUCACCCCAUCGCCACUCCACUACGUCCGCAACCACGGUCCAGUUCCCAAGAUCAAAUGGGAUGAAUGGACCGUGGAAGUGACUGGGUUGGUCAAACGAUCAACCCACUUCACCAUGGAGAAACUUAUGAGGGAAUUCCCUCACCGCGAGUUUCCCGCCACACUAGUGUGUGCGGGAAAUCGGCGCAAAGAGCAUAACAUGGUGAAGCAGAGCAUCGGCUUCAACUGGGGUGCCGCCGGGGCCUCCACCUCCGUGUGGCGGGGGGUCCCGCUGCGUCAUGUGCUGAAACGCUGUGGGAUCCUCGCCCGUAUGAAGGGCGCCAUGUACGUGUCCUUCGAGGGCGCCGAGGAUCUCCCCGGGGGCGGUGGGUCCAAGUAUGGAACCAGCGUCAAGAGGGAGAUGGCCAUGGAUCCGUCGCGUGACAUCAUUCUCGCGUUCAUGCAAAACGGCGAGCCGUUGGCGCCGGAUCAUGGAUUUCCCGUGCGCAUGAUUAUUCCGGGGUUCAUCGGUGGAAGAAUGGUGAAAUGGCUCAAACGCAUUGUCGUUACUGAGCAUGAGUGCGAUAGUCAUUAUCAUUAUAAGGAUAAUAGAGUACUCCCUUCCCAUGUUGAUGCAGAACUUGCUAAUGACGAAGGUUGGUGGUACAAGCCAGAAUACAUCAUCAACGAGUUGAAUAUAAACUCAGUGAUAACUACGCCUUGUCACGAGGAGAUCUUGCCCAUCAACUCAUGGACUACACAGAGGCCUUACGUAAUCAGAGGCUAUGCAUAUUCCGGUGGUGGAAGGAAAGUGACACGUGUGGAGGUAACACUUGAUGGUGGAGAAACAUGGCACGUGUGCACAUUGGACCAUACUGAGAAACCUAACAAAUAUGGCAAGUAUUGGUGCUGGUGCUUCUGGUCUUUGGAGGUGGAGGUGCUUGACCUACUUGGGGCCAAGGAGAUUGCGGUUCGAGCUUGGGAUGAAGGUCUCAACACUCAGCCUGAACACCUCAUUUGGAAUGUUAUGGGCAUGAUGAAUAACUGCUGGUUCAGAGUGAAAACAAAUGUGUGCAAGCCCCACAAGGGUGAGAUUGGCAUAGUGUUUGAGCAUCCAACCCAACCAGGCAACCAACCCGGUGGCUGGAUGGCAAAGGAAAAACAUUUGGAAAAAUCACAAAAGCCAAAACCAACCCUAAAAAAGAGUGUCUCCACACCAUUCAUGAACACUUCCUCAAAAAUGUUCUCCAUCUCCGAAGUGAAAAAACAUUCCAACCCUGACUCUGCUUGGAUCAUUGUCCACGGUCACGUCUAUGAUUGCACCCGCUUCCUCAAAGAUCACCCCGGUGGUACUGACAGCAUCCUCAUCAAUGCUGGCACCGACUGCACCGAAGAGUUUGACGCCAUCCAUUCUGACAAAGCAAAAAAAUUGCUUGAAGAUUACCGAAUCGGGGAGCUCAUCACCACUGGCUACACCUCAGACUCAUCGCCCAACAACUCCGUGCAUGGCAAUUCCGAAUUCACUCAUUUGGCCCCUAUUAAGGAAUCUACAACACCACCAUCACGUAGUGUGGCUCUCAACCCACGCGAGAAAAUCCCAUGCAAGCUCGUGUCAAAGACCUCCAUUUCUCAUGACGCGAGGCUAUUCCGUUUUGCAUUACCCUCAGAGGACCAACUCUUGGGAUUAUCCGUGGGGAAACACAUUUUCUUGUGUGCCACCAUCGACGGCAAGCUAUGCAUGCGAGCCUACACUCCAACAAGUAGUGUGGAUGAAGUGGGUUUCUUUGAUCUACUCAUCAAGGUGUACUUCAAAGGUGUGCAUCCCAAGUUUCCAAAUGGAGGACUCAUGUCUCAACAUUUGGACUCUCUACCCAUUGGAUCCAUGUUGGACGUGAAGGGCCCAUUAGGUCACAUAGAAUACACCGGAAGAGGCAACUUCAUGGUUCAUGGAAAACCAAGAUUCGCCAAGAGGUUGGCCAUGUUGGCUGGUGGAACUGGGAUCACGCCCAUUUACCAAGUGGCGCAAGCGAUUUUGAAGGACCCAGAGGACCACACCGAAAUGCAUGUAGUGUAUGCGAAUCGCACAGAGGAUGAUAUAUUACUGAGGGAGGAGUUGGAUGAGUGGGCGAAGAUACAUAAUGACCGGUUCAAGCUAUGGUACGUGGUGGAAAUCGCAAAGGAAGGGUGGAAAUACAGUGUAGGGUUCAUCACAGAGAGUAUCACGAGGGAGCACCUUCCAAAAGCGUCGAGGGAUUCCUUGGCUUUGACAUGUGGGCCACCACCCAUGAUUCAGUUUGCAGUGCAGCCUAAUUUGGAGAAAAUGGGAUAUGAUAUCAAGAACGAUUUGCUUGUGUUUUAGGGCAUGGAGAAGUAGCUAGAUUGCUAGAUUGUGUUGUGUAUUGUAUUUGUUUGUGUAUCGGGUGUUAUUGGAGUAUUAAUGUUUGUUUCAUUCUUUAUAAGGGUAAAAAAAGAAGUGAAAAAUUGUAUAUGAACCGAGAUUGUUGGGAAGUAACUCUUCAUCCCUUCUCACGCUUUAAUGUAGACAGGUAAGUCAAGAUUUUUUUACUACUUUAGUGUAAAUAAAUUAAUGUUAUAUAUGCCUAUCUACUCUCUUCAAUUCA